AUGGCCGAUAGCGCAUAUCCAUACGACACUGGUCUAGUGCGCGAGCUUCUAAAGAAUAAGCGCAAGUCCCGCGGCAUCCGAUCCUGUUUCCCCUGUCGACAUCGCAAGGUCCGCUGCGACGGCCAGGUUCCUUGCUCCAGCUGUGUCAAACGCAGCCAUCCUGAACUUUGUCGUGUGCCGACAUCUUCUGAGACUGGGAACGAGGAUUGUCUUCCCUCCGCCCCUGCCGACGUUCCUCAGGGACCAUCUCAGAACUAUAAUUCGACGAACCUCGAAAAUGACACUUUGUCGGCUAACCCAGGUGACGCAACAGCGGCCAUGAUCUCCCGCUUGGAGGCCAUUGAGGAACAAAUCGCCUCGCUCAAAGCUGAUCUUCUGGCUACGGCGGCGGCGACAACAACCACGCCUGCCUCGCAGCCCAGCCCGCGGACUGGCAGCGUUGUCCGACUACCUGGCAUGCGUGUUCGACCUGCUAGCAAAUCACCUGGCCGGUACGUUGUCGAAGAUGCUACAGGUGCAACGAUCUACCUCGGUCGACACGCGGACGCACCACUGGCGCUGGGUUGCCGCCAGACCACGAUAUCGGCGAUGACGGGAGAUCUUUCUCUGCAGGAUGUCCUGAUCAAUCAAUGCAUGCCGCGAGCAUACCCUUUUAUAAACCUCUGGGGUGCAGAGGCCACCCUGAGCGAUGUGUGCCAAACGCUGCCUGAGGAUUCGGACGUGAUCCGCUACUGGCAGGCGUACCAGACCAAAGCGUACCCGUUUUACCCAGCGCUGGCGGCAAUUGAUGAGUUUGCACAGGCGUUGUUCGCUUUCUUGGACCAGCGGAUGCUGGCACACGAGGCGAUGAUGCCGCCGGAGGAGCCGAGCUCUUCUUGGAUGGCGCUGCUGUUUGCUGUUCUUGCAUGUGGGGUCCAGUUCUCGGAUGAUCCCAUCCAGGAGCGCGAUUUGCGGUCCAAAGUGCUUGUUUGCUCGUCAUUUCAAUGUCUGCGUAUGUCCAACUUCUUUUACCAGACUAAUACAGACCAAAUUCAGGCCAUGGCCUUGAUUGGGCACUGUCUGCGAAACAAUCUGGAUACCAACAGCGCGUGGAUCCUCAUGGGCGCGACUAUACGACUAGCGCAAAGUAUCGGGCUUCAUGAAGCGUCUCCAUCUUUGCCGGAGGCAGAGCAGUUUGAGCGAAGCAGAUUAUGGUGGAUGCUCAUCUGGCAAGACACGUUCCUCUCUUUCACAUACGAUCGUCCUUUGGGAACAAUAGCGAUGAACUGUUCAAUCCCAUACAAACAUGACACGGAUGGUCUAAGCUUCCAGGAGUGUGUCUUCGCUAUUUGCCAUCAGAUCAUCGAAGAAGCGCGCCAAGAAACCACAGAUGGCCCGCAGGACCCCUUAGAGAGCAUGCGCGAAUCCAAACGCCAGCUCGAUGGCAUCCGCGAUGCCGCCGCCCCUUUCCUUGUCGACAAGCGUCGAUGCGUCUCGCUGCAGGACCAUCUCGAGCGACUGGCGCUUGAUAUUCAUCUCGGGUAUGUGACCUGCCGAAUUAACCGUGUAUACCUGGAUGGCCACACUGGCGCGCCCUUUCCAGCCGCCGUAGCCGUGGACUGCGUGCAGCGCGCGAUGCAAGCUAUUGAGAGCUUUCUCGAUCUCCACCGAUACUCAGCCAGCGUGUGCCGCUCCUGGGCCUUUGUUCACAACGCGGUAAGCUGCGCCAUCACGCUCAAAAGCCUCAACCAUGCGCCAGUCGAUGAGCGGCGCAAGUCGGAUCUCCUUGUGCAGCGACUGAUAGCUGUGCUCGAAAAGGAGGAGAAAGAAUCCGAGUGGUGCGACGACGACACCAAUGUGCGCUACUUCGGGCCGUACUCCCGGGCUCUUAAAGCCCUGCGCGAGAUUUGCCACAGUGCCGGCUGA